AUAUUUUAUUAGAAUUGAACAAUUGGUAGAUGCCGUAAAAAUGGCUUACGCGCUGAUCCACAAAUUAACCUUCUCGUUUAAUUUACGUUCUCUGCCACAGUCAAAGAACGUACGUAUGUGAAUUAAUAUACGGUCUUUGGUUCGUCUGUUGUCAAACUGUUAUUUGGCUACAGUCAACGAAAGAAAAAAAACGAAAGUUGUUUGAUGCAAGUUGUGUUUUUUUGAGAUUUGGGGUUGGUGGAUAUGAAUGUUUUCUGGAGUAAAAAAAUCUGUUAAGAAAGGUACUCUGAUAAAAGAAUUAUAAAGAUAAUGAAAUCAAAACGUAACAAAACUGAACCACAGUUAGAUGAAAUUGACAAUGAAGUCGGAGAGUGCAAUGAGACCGGUGAAAAUUCUGAACUACAAUCACCACAAGCACAAACAAGAUGGACCCCGGAAUGCACUAGGGUAAUGUUGCAAUUACGUUUCGAAAGGCAAAUAGAGUUCCAGCAACGAAUUAGGCAGAAAAAAGAACUUUGGUCUGAAAUUGCUACUGAAAUGAGGCGGCAAGGUUUGUGUGACUUUUCGUUAACAGCAGAAGUGUGUGAUCUCAAAUAUCGGAAUAUGUUGCAAACAUACAAGAAAAAUAGGUUGAAAGAAGAUAGCGGAAUGCACUCUCUAAUAGCCUGGGAAUAUUAUGAUCUCUUCAAGGAGGGAUUGACGUUAAGCGAUGACUUGGACGUCCAAGAGGGACAAAGACGUGUUGUGCCAUUAUUGUUGUGUGAAUCAGUCUGCGAUGUAAGUAAUGAAGAUGUGUGGUCAGCAUCAAAUGAGCUAGAUUCGAAGAUCUCGAUAAUGGAAGCAGAAGCCAAUGUUCAGAAGGAUACAUCCGAAAUAAUCGAUGACGACACUGAAUAUACUUCAAAUAUAACACUCGCGAACAACAGGAAAGGAAAAAAGCGAUCUAUUAUGAAAAUUGAAGAGAAUAUUUUACCCACAGCAGAUCAACAACACUGCAUGAAAACAGAAAUAGCUACUCCAUCUAGAAAUUCCAGGGCCGAAAAUAUCGCAAUCGUUGGCUCGAGCGAACUGACGCAGCCUCAACAAGCUAUUAUUAAACCGGACACUUCCGUGCGACCGCAACGCAAACACACCUUUCCAUCCUUACUCUCAUCAAUAUCUAAGGCAAAAAUUGAACAUGACUCUGUUGAAGCGGAUGUAAGCACAAUGAAUGUUGUGCAAAACGAUCCAAUCAUAUCAUCAACCUCCACCUCGACAAUUCCAAUGCCAACUAUAAUUCAUGCCCCACCAUUGCAACCACCCUUAUCACAAUCUGCGUUAUCUUCUACACCUCCUAAUCAAACAGGAAUAACCAUUGUACAUUCAAAUCAAACGCAAGCUGUACCCGUCGGCUUAGUUCCAUCGGAAAUGCGUGAAUGUCAGGUUUUUGGUGAAAGUAUUGGAUUGCAAUUGGCUCAUGUUUCAGAUCCGCAUAUAAGAGCGAUGGCGCAGCUAAAAAUACAAGAGUUACUUUACUUAGCCAAAACAGGUAAACUGCUGGAACCUGCACGCGUCUGAGGCUUCUAAAAAACAUGUAAUGAGUUCAUGUAAUUUAUUAUAAUAAAAAUGCAACAAAUAUUAUAAAUGAUCUUAA